UGGUUCAACCUCGCCGUAGACAACCACGAAGCCAUAGACGAAUAUUCCACCACGUCAUAUGCAGAUUCGAACGCCGCAACCAAAAAGUGUUCGCAAAAUAGCUGGAGCAGCAAAAAGAUUAGCACCGUAAUCCAGCGGUUCCCAAACAACGGCUACCACACGAUGGUAUCUCAACAGCGCUGCAAGUCCUGCAAGAAGCUGGGUGCUCUGCAACUCGAUAAAAACUCGUAUGGUGAGAGGAUCACGUACCGGCUGAAGAAGUGGGCAUUUGCGUUGAGAAGCCUGAAUACAAUGGGGAAACCCGUGGGCCGGCGCAUGAGUAUAUAUUUGUGA